AUGUUUAGGAUCAACAGCUCCAGCCUGAUUCCAGGAUUCUUCAUCUUGAAUGGAGUUCCUGGGUUGGAAGACACACAUGUCUGGAUCUCUCUGCCCUUCUGCCUCAUGUAUAUCAUUGCUGUUGUGGGGAACUGUGGGCUCAUUUACCUCAUUGGCCAUGAAGAGGCCCUGCAUCGGCCUAUGUACUACUUCCUGGCCCUGCUCUCAUUUACUGAUGUCACCUUGUGCACCACCACUGUACCCAAUAUGCUGUGCAUAUUCUGGUUCAACCUCAAGGAGAUUAACGUUAAUGCCUGCCUGGCCCAGAUGUUUUUUGUCCAUAUGUUGACUGGGAUGGAGUCUGGGGUGCUUAUGUUAAUGGCUUUGGAUCGCUAUGUGGCAAUCUGCUACCCACUACGCUAUGCCACCAUACUGACAAACCCUGUCAUUGCUAAAGCUGGCCUUGCCACUUUUUUGAGGAGUGUGAUGCUCAUCAUCCCAUUCAUUUUCCUCACCAAACGCCUGCCCUAUUGCCAGGGAAACUUCAUUCCGCACACUUACUGUGACCACAUGUCUGUGGCCAAGGUAUCCUGUGGCAAUGUUAGAAUCAAUGCUAUUUAUGGUCUGAUGGUUGCUCUCCUGAUUGGCGUGUUUGACAUUUGUUGUAUCUCUGUGUCUUACACUAUGAUCUUGAGGGCUGUGAUAAGUUUGUCAUCAGCAGAGGCUCGUCACAAAGCCUUCAGUACCUGCACGUCUCAUAUCUGUGCCAUUGUAAUCACGUAUGUCCCUGCUUUUUUCACAUUUUUCACUCAUCGUUUUGGAGGGCACAAUAUCCCCCACCACAUACACAUCAUUGUGGCCAACCUUUAUCUUCUAUUGCCUCCCACCAUGAACCCAAUUGUUUAUGGAGUCAAGACCAAGCAGAUUCAGGAAGCUGUAAUCAAAUUUUUACUUGGAGACAAGGUUGGCUCUACCUAA